GUAGUGAUGUCAUAUCCGUUGUCCAGGUCUCUACACCUUUCCCAGCAGUUACCCCUUUCUCUUUUUCUUGGGUCAAAACUUUUGAGGUGGGCUGGCUUAAAAGCAGAGGGGAAGUAAGUGCAAUAUUAGGUGCGCUGGUUGGAGCAGCUUCAGCACCUCGGUCAGCGCCCACUGCAGCCCAACCCACCCUCUCUUCAGCUCCCAGACUCCCAGCUCUGAGAAUGCCUGCGGAAUGAUCGCCCCCCAGGGCGGCUACUGCUGCCGCCGCCGCUACUGCUACCGUUUCAGUUAAUGCUGCUGCCACCACCUCAGCCUCCACUCUGCUCUGACUGGCAGGCAGAAAGUGCAACUGACAAGAGAAAGGUCUCUGCAGUGAGAGUGGCAUAAAGGAGAGUAAAGAGGGGCAAAAACCCAGAUCAGAAUGCAGGCGACGUCCAACCUUCUCAACCUCCUGCUGCUUACUUUGCUGGCUGGAUUAGAUCCUUCCAAGACUCAGAUUAGCCCCAAAGAAGGGUGGCAAGUCUACAGUUCAGCCCAAGAUCCUGAUGGGCGAUGCAUUUGCACUGUGGUUGCACCAGAACAGAACCUUUGUUCUCGAGAUGCCAAAAGCCGGCAGCUUCGGCAGCUUCUGGAAAAGGUUCAGAAUAUGUCCCAGUCUAUUGAAGUCUUAAACUUGAGAACACAGAGAGAUUUCCAAUAUGUUUUAAAAAUGGAAACCCAAAUGAAAGGACUGAAGGCCAAGUUUCGACAAAUUGAAGAUGAUCGGAAGACACUAAUGACCAAGCAUUUUCAAGAAUUGAAAGAGAAGAUGGAUGAGCUGCUGCCCUUGAUCCCUGUGCUGGAACAGUACAAAACAGACGCCAAGCUCAUCACCCAGUUCAAGGAGGAGAUUCGGAAUCUGUCAGCUGUGCUCACGGGGAUUCAGGAAGAGAUUGGUGCUUAUGAUUACGAGGAGCUGCAUCAAAGGGUACUUAGCUUGGAAACCAGACUUCGUGACUGCAUGAAAAAGCUAACAUGCGGCAAAUUGAUGAAAAUCACUGGCCCAAUUACAGUCAAGACAUCUGGAACACGGUUUGGUGCUUGGAUGACAGAUCCAUUAGCAUCUGAGAAAAAUAACAGAGUUUGGUACAUGGACAGUUACACUAACAAUAAAAUUGUCCGUGAGUACAAAUCAAUGGCAGACUUUAUCAGUGGAGCUGAAUCGAGGACAUACAACCUCCCUUUCAAAUGGGCUGGCACUAACCAUGUCGUCUACAAUGGCUCACUCUAUUUUAACAAGUAUCAGAGUAACAUCAUCAUCAAGUACAGCUUUGAUCUGGGGAGAGUACUUGCCCAGCGAAGCCUGGAGUAUGCUGGCUUUCACAAUGUCUACCCUUACACGUGGGGUGGCUUCUCUGACAUUGACCUAAUGGCUGAUGAAAUCGGGCUGUGGGCUGUGUACGCGACUAACCAGAAUGCAGGCAAUAUCGUCAUCAGCCAACUUAACCAAGAUACCUUGGAGGUGAUGAAGAGCUGGAGCACUGGUUAUCCCAAGAGAAGUGCAGGAGAGUCUUUCAUGAUCUGCGGGACAUUGUAUGUUACCAACUCCCAUUUAACUGGAGCCAAGGUGUACUAUUCCUAUUCCACCAAAACCUCCACCUAUGAGUAUACAGACAUUCCCUUCCAUAACCAAUACUUUCACAUAUCCAUGCUUGACUACAAUGCAAGAGAUAGAGCUCUUUAUGCCUGGAACAAUGGCCACCAGGUCCUGUUCAAUGUCACCCUGUUCCACAUCAUUAAGACUGAGGAUGAUACAUAAGCGAGUAUUUUUUUUUAUUCUUCAUUGAUAGAAACAGUGUCAUUUGUGAUAAUCUCUUUAUAACCCCAUCUGGGUUUUUUUCUUUAACUUUGUCAUCAUUUCUCCAAAGCAUAUUUAUUGUAAAGUUUGUGUUUCAAAAAAAACAAAACAAAACAGCUGAACUUGUCUAAAGUAGCCUGGUGGAAACACAUCUUAACUUAUAAAUUUACAAGGCCUACCGUGUCCUUGUCAUGAAAAGCACUAAACAAAGUUUAAGUGGCUAAGUCAUAGAUUUGCAAAAGAUUAAUGUUCUGCCUUAUAUUAGAGUCAGAGACUAAUGGUGGCUUAAAUGCAUGAAUGUCUUUUUCUUGGUAUUCUGUCAUUUUUUAAAUAUAUUUUGCUCCACAUCAGAAAAUGUUUUAGUGGGACUUAGAAAAAGAAUACUUUCAUUAAUUUAAGAAAUAUUUGAUGAUGUUAUUUAUUUAGAAAAACAAUGUUAAUCAUUUUACUGUUAUACAAUUCUCUGAUGCGGUGCUGUACAGUCAUUUUUAAAAUCUCUUGCUAACAUUUUCUUGGCAAUAUGUAUUUCUACCAUUGUAACCACCAUUGUGCAAUUGUAUCUCUUCACUUCUGUGAAAGUAAUAUUUUUUUAUAAAAUACACUGAAGUUUAAUCUCAGUAAUUAUUAUGGGUCAAUUUUCAAGUGUUGUCAAGAAGAGAGAAUCUUCUCAGCUUACCCCUUUACACAAGUGACGUAAACUAAUGAGAAAUUCAAGCUAUCUUCCUUUGAGUCCUCUAAGUUUAUUGGACAGCUGACAUUAAACAGUAAAUUUAUCAAGAUGACUAAGUUACUCUAUUCA